GCUGAUCGUGUAAAUGAUUAACUGAAUUUCCUGCUGAAACUCUCUAAACCAGCAGAGUGAUUGUAAUACGGCACUCAGGAUGGGAUAUAAAAGCUGGAUUUUUCUAUUGUUACUGGUUGCCCCAGGGGGACUUCUUGGAGAAGACAAGCUUUGUGAAUUGCCCAACAUAGAAAAUGGAAGAAUUGCCCCAUAUUACUAUAGUUUUAGAAAUUACUACUUUCCAAUGAAGAAAAAUGGAAAGCUUUCUUAUUCCUGUUUGGCUGGUUAUACAACUGAGAGUGGGAGUCAAGAUGGGAGGAUAAACUGCACAACAAGAGGAUGGUCACCUGCCCCAAAAUGUUAUAAGAAAUGUGUGAAACCUCCCUUGGAUAAUGGUGUUUUUUCUGAUACAAAACUGUCCUACAUUAUAUGGGAGACCCUCCAGUACACUUGUGAUUCAGGCUAUUGGACUCCUGAAGGAAACAAGGAUGAAACUGCACAGUGUCUUCAAGAUGGAUGGUCAGCCCAGCCAAGAUGCAUCAAAGCAACUGGUACUUGUUCAGCACCAGACCUUCCCCAUGGGCACUACCAUAUAUCCCAGAGAGUGUUCAGUCCUAAUGAGAAACUCAAAUAUAGCUGUGUUGAGGGAUAUCUUACUACUGGAGGCAAUCCAACAGAGGAAGUGCUGUGUACUCCUCAAGGCUGGUCCCUUCUUCCCAAGUGUACCAAACUGGGAUGUCCGUUUAUAAAUCCUAUAGAACACGGAGGUGUUCGUCCCAGGAAGGGAAGGUAUGAAGAAGGAGAUGUUGUUCAGUUUUUCUGUUUGGAAGGCUAUUCCCUGAAAGGAGCAGAAUUAAUUCAGUGCUAUUACUUUGGCUGGUCCCCAGAGCCUCCAGUAUGUGAAGAAAUAAGAAACAAGUGUCCUCCUCCACCCCAACCCCCUAAUACAAAAGUACUAACCAAUUCAAGGACUUACCAUCAUGGAGACACACUACAUUUAGAGUGUGAGCAGCCAUUUGAAAUCAGAGGAGCAGAAGACAUUCAGUGUGAGAAUGGCAAGUGGACUUCACCACCCAAAUGUAUAGAGAUAGACAGAGCAGCAAGUAGAGAUGGUCAUCACAAUCUUGAAACUGAUGGAAGCUGCAGUUCCCCUCCUAUAAUUGAAAAUAGCAUCAUAAUUAAUAGAAUCAAUCCACUGAUGAGCUACAAAAGUGGUUCUUUAGUGGAAUACAGAUGUCUCCAGUUCCAUCUGAUGAAAGGAUCUAAUACAAUUCACUGCAUUCAAGGAAGCUGGACAAACCCUCCAAUUUGUUUAAAACCAUGUUUGAUUAAUGAAGAAACCUUUGGCAAUUACAAUAUAGAAAUGAAAUGGAGGCUGGAAGGAGAAUUGUAUUUCUUACAUGGUGACACUACUGAAUUCGUAUGUAAACCAGGAUAUGUUUUGUCCUCAGCAACUAGAGAAUCCCAGUUGCUGGUGCAGUGCAAUAAUGGACAGCUAAAAUAUCCCAAGUGUGUUUUUAAAGGCACAAAUGAAAACUGUGGCUCUCCGCCUUCCAUAGAAAAUGGAGUUAUUGUGGGCUCAACAACAACAAACUAUGCCCAUGGUUCAACAGUAGAAUACAGUUGCCCCGAAUAUCAUUUUUUGCAAGGAUCUAGAACAGUGUCCUGUUCACGUGGCCAGUGGACUACUCCACCCAGUUGCAUAGAACCAUGUACCCUAUCACAGGAGGAGAUGGCAAACAAUAAUUUGAUUCUGAGAUGGAGUUUUGACAAUCGACCUUAUUUUCUGCAUGGAGAAUUUGUUGAGUUUAUAUGUAAACAAUAUCACAUGAGACCGCCAUCAAGUUCACUAGCUGAUUUUAGAGUACAGUGUCAGAAUGGGCAACUGCUAUAUCCACGGUGCAUUGAGAUAAGAGGGUGAGAAUUGGGGAAAAGAAUGUCUAGAUGACUCACUAGCCUCUUUCCAUAUUGCAAGGUGAUUGCCAGUAUGAAUUUUGACUUAGAUGCUGGCUGCUACAAAGUAAUUUAAACACCCAAGAUGACUGGGAUAGCUGAAGAUCUCAACUUAGAACAUCAUUUGAAUAUUCUUUUAAAUGUAUAAAGCACAAAUGUUUGUUCUAAUAAACAUGAGUAACAUUUUGUUACCUUAAGUUUCCUGAAA